UCACUCUCUUCUUCUCUCUUUAAGACACUAACAAAAUGGAGAUAAAACCCUCUACGAUCUUCUUCACCAUCACCAUCUUCUUCGUCUGCCUUCUUGCACACGUCACCUCCAAGGCAUCAUCAUCAUCUAUGUGUAAUGGAUCGGUGGCAGAGUGCAGCAGCGUGGUGGAGACAGAGGAAAUGACGGUGAUAAUGGAGUCUUGGUCAAGCCAGAGGUUGACGGAGGAGCAGGCGCAUAAACUUUCGUAUGGAGCUUUGAGGAGGAAUCAGCCUGCUUGCGACGGUGGUAAACGUGGCGAGUCUUACUCUACUCAAUGUCUUCCUCCGCCGUCUAAUCCUUAUAGUAGAGGCUGCUCUAAGCAUUACCGAUGCGGGCGUGACUCUUGACCAUUCACAAUCCAUCACCAUCAUGAAUCUUUAUGUUGUGUAAUUGUAUACCCUUAUGUUCUUUAUUUUGUUGGUGAAUUUUGAAUUGUUUUGGUUUUGAAUCUUUGUGACAUUGUGAAUUUGGGGUUUCGUUUGUUAGAUUAAAAAAGUGUUGGGUCC